CUCUGAAAACAGGGCAUCUCAGGGGCAUGGCUAUGAAACAUCAGAGCAAGAGGCAAGGGAUAGGUUUGUAUGGACAAAACCGGAUGAAAAGAGGAGAAUUAGUAAAAAAAAAAAAAAAAAAAUUGUUUCCACAAGACUGAGAAGAGGGGAGGGGGAAGUGGCUCAGUUAUCACACAGACACGUUUCCCCCAGAGAGUGAUUGGCUGGUGGGUGUCACGCUGGCUUUUUAAAGUGUCUGAUUAGCCCAGCACUGCAGUAUUGACACAAGGACCUUGUCUGGACCCCAUGCCACAGAACUCAGGGGACAACAUUGCCCAGCAGAUCCACACCAGGCAACUGCUGCAAAGCAGUUGCUGAAAUUCCAAGGAACCCACAAAAAGGUGUGUCUGGAAUCACCCAUGAUGGGUUCCUCAGCCCCACCAAUCUUCCUUCCAGCCACAACCGGCCAGGCUCCUGGGACUAACCAGAGCGGGGCUGUUGGGCAGCAGGAGCCAUCCUACGCUGUCCUGAAGUUCAUGGAGAGCUUCUGCCUCAUCAGCUCUGCCUGUGGGAUGGUGGGGAACGCCCUGGUCCUGUGGUACCUGGGCUUCCGCAUCCGCAGGAACCACUUCAGCGUCUACAUCCUGAACCUGGCGGCCGCCGACUUCGGGUACCUGCUCUGCAUCGCCAUCGAGACUGUCCAGUACCUGAUGCAGUUCAACGUGGGGGUGCAGUUUGGGAUAUUCCUCUUCCUGGACCUCUUCAUGUACGGGACCGGCCUGUACCUGCUGACGGCCAUCAGCGUCGAGCGGUGCCUGUCCGUGCUCUCUCCGAUCUGGUGCCGGGCCCACCGCCCCAAACACUUGUCUGCCGUCAUCUCGGGCCUGCUCUGGGCUCUGUCCCUGCUGCUGAACACCCUGGGGUACGUCCUGUGCACCGUCCGCCCCUCUCCCGGGCACUGCCGGAGCCUGCUCAUCACCAUCGGCACCUUCGACUUCCUCGUCUGCGCGCCCCUCAUGCUGCUCUUCAGCCUCACCCUCUUCCUCAGGGUGCAGUGCAGCUCCCAGCACCUCCAGACGGGCCGGCUCUUCACUGUCAUCAUGCUCACCGUCCUCCUCUUCCUCAUCUUCGCUGUGCCCCUCAGCGUCCUCAUCCUCUUCGACUUCCUGGGCUACAAAUUCCUCUACUCGCCGGAGAUCGGCUUCGUGCUGUCCUGCGUCAACAGCACCCUCAACCCCGUCAUCUACUUCCUGGUGGGGAGCUACAGGGACCGCAGAUUCAGGCUCACCCUCAGGCUGGCAUUCCAGAGGGCCUUUGAAGAGUCAGGGGACGACAAAGAUGAGCGGGAAACCAGGGACUCAGUGACCAUGUCCUCCUAAAAGCCUGGCCUAGAGACAGGAGCUGGCAGAGUUGAAGGUUUUGGGGAGGGUUCGUUGCACCUGACCCUCAGCAUCCUCACUGUAGAUAGUUCAAGCUGAUUAUUUCGAGUUCUGUCUGCGAUCAGUGAAGCCAUGCAAGGACCUGGACCACAGAACUU